AUGCCGUACCUGGAUCGACAGAACCGUAUCUGCGGCUUCCUGGACAUUGAAGAAAAUGAGACCUGCGGCAAGUUUCUGCGGAGGUAUUUUAUCCUGGACACCCAGGCCAACCAUCUCCUGUGGUACAUGGACAACCCACAGAAUCUGGCCAUUGGAGCAGGUGCUGUCGGAUCUCUGCAGCUGACCUAUAUCUCCAAGGUUAGCAUCGCUACCCCAAAGCAGAAGCCGAAAACUCCGUUCUGCUUUGUUAUCAAUGCUUUAUCCCAGCGCUAUUUCUUGCAAGCCAGUGAUCAGAAGGAUCUGCAGGACUGGGUGGAGGCACUGAACCGGGCCAGUAAGAUCACGGUGCCAAAGGGCGGCAGUGUCCUGCCAGCCACGGAGAUCGCAAAGCCUCCGGUGGUGCCCCAGGCCCAGGACAGGAAGCCCCAGGUGGCCUACAAAACAGAGAUCGUUGGAGGGGUGGUGGUCCACACGCCCAUUUCCAUCAACCAGAACGGUGGGGAUGGAGGGGAGGGCAGUGAGGUGGCUGCCCACCCACUGCUGCGGCGCUCGCAGAGCUACAUCCCCCCCUCGGCCACCAAGCCGCCUGCGGGGCCCCCCGUGCUCAAGAGCGGCUUCUGCGUCAAGCAGGGGAACCAGAGGAAGAGCUGGAAGCGACGGUACUUUGUUCUGGAUGAAUUUUCCAUCAGUUACUACAAGUGUGAGCAGGACAAGGAGCCCUUGCGUUCGAUUCUCCUGAAGGACAUUUGCAAGACCCACGAGUGCCUGGUCAAGUCUGGUGACCUCCUGAUGCGGGACAACCUCUUUGAAAUCAUAACGAGCUCCAGGACCUUCUACAUCCAGGCAGACAGCCCCGAGGACAUGCACAGCUGGAUCCGGGUGAUCACGGGGGCAGUGCAGGCCCUGAAAACCCGCCCCAGGGAGAUGUCCUUCAUGAGAUCCACCUCCAUGGGCAGGCCCGGGGGCUCCUCGGCCUCGUCCCUGCGGCCGGCGGCGGAGGAGCGGAGAGCCCUGUGCAAGGCUCCCUCCACCUCCUCCUGGCAGCCCUGGACGCCAGUGCCGCAGGUGCCACAGGCAGAGGGGAAGCUGCCGACAUUGGGGGAGCUGCCAGCACCGCUCAGAGACUCGGUGUUCGUGCCAGCCCUGACGGAGCGCGGCAGCAGAGCUAUGCCAGGCACACGCCUGCGGCACAGGUCGGAGCCACAACAUCUCAAGGAGAAGCCCUUUGCCUUCAACCUGGACGAUGAAAGCAUCCGAACCUCUGACGUCUGA